CCCGUGGGCAAGUUUGACGCAUGUAGACAGUGCUGGCUGCUCACAUGUUAUUCUGUGGAUGUUUCCUUCGAGUUUUCUGUGCGGAAAAAAGUGAUUCUCGAGGAUUAGCGGAUUGGAUUUAGCAGCGGCCGGCCACAGACCAUCGGUGUUUCCCCCCCAAAUAUAUACAAAACCCUCUCCGACAUGAUAGUUACGAGUUAGCCUGGAGCCCUGCAAAGAUAGGAUCACAAUAAAACAAUUACUGCACACACAAGGCAGAACAACAACAACCAUCCCCCCCAAAUAAAUUGAACACCUUUUUUUUGCUUAAACUAUUCUAUAAAAUUCGUUCCUAAAUGGAUGCUGGUUUCUUAAACUUCCACAAAGAAGAGGAGUUUUCUUCGUACUUUCUGGACCCAACCGGUGAAGAUUCCUUUAGUCUCGAUGGACUUCACAACACUAUUAUUAGUCAGUAUGAUUGGGAUUGGGACAAUGACGAAAGAGAGCUCAACGGAGAUGUCGGCCUCAUACCGGUUUCGGGAAAUCCGGACAACUUUUGUCCACUAUCAAGCUCCCCGUCCACCAGGGAGGACCUCAACAAGAUAAUGAACGAUUGGCAGCAUUUAGUGAAUAUAGACACGGUGUCUGAGGAUGUGACUGUGGAAGCAGAAGUCGACUUGGCUGCUGAGGAUUUCAUCUCGCCGAAUGGAUUCGACAUCACCAAGUACGUGACGGGGGAGGAGGAGGAGGUGGAUGAGCCGGCUCCACCACGUCUCGGCGGGAAGAGGAUUGACAUGGUGGCCAUGCGGUACGUGACCAACGACAGCGAUACCUCCAGCUCUUCGGAUGAUGAUGAGGACGACGAGGAUGAUGAAGAGGAAGUAGUUGUCGUCGAGGAUGAGGACGAUAUUAACGUGGACGUUGAGACCAUCUCCGACGUGAUCAGCCAUCCAGUUCUUCAGGCCGGCGACCUGAACAGUCUUCUCGAGCAAUUCGAAGCCACAGAGAACACCAAUCUGGAGAUACACCAGACGGGUUCUCUGCUGACCGAAGCAAUAUUUAAUACUGGUCACGAUGGUGCAAUUCCGCUUGAGCUGUUGGUUCCAUCGUCAUUGGAGGAUUCGUUCCCGGCGGUCGUGAACGAUUUGCCGCCAGAAGAGUUGUGUGAACCAACGGUUAUCUCUAUACCAGAGAAGGUUGAGUUCAAUACUGAAAAUGUCUUGCAGGAAUCGAGAGGUAAGAAGGUGGUGUCGCCGGUUGCUGCGAGUCCAAUCAAGAGGAAACAGACACUGCCGCCACCUCAGGCUAUACCUGUAGCCGAAGAGGUGAACAGCAUUAUAGAAGAGAUGAAGGCGUCAAACAAAGGCAGGAUAAAGUUGAUAUCGCCGAUAAAGACGCCGAAGAGGGCGAGGAAGUAUGCGGGUAGGAGUCUGAAGAGCAGCAGGAGCGGCGAAGCGCCAGCACUGAAACCGCAGCCGCAGAUUGCUGAAAUUAGGAGCAAUCCGAAGAAGGUGCAGAAGGUCUCCACCGGAACAUCGAUGAGCAGUGUCGUCGUGGUGAAGGAGGAGAAGCCUGCAUCGCCGACCAAAGAACAAUCUAAGCAUAAGCAAAUUUUAGACGCACUGCCUCCGGAAUUGAUCGACCGUAUACGUCAGUCCAGCAAGCGCAAGCCUAUCACAGUUAUACCGCCGAUCAUUCCGGCCAAGAAACGCAUUCUACCUCAGCAGAUUGUAGUUAGGGAAACUAAGAGCAUACAGUUGGAUCACGACUACUGCUCGUCGACGCCUAGGAAGGACUCCGGAUUCUCCUCGUGCGAGGAGGACGAGCGUUCCAUCCUUCGCACGCAACCGACGGUGAAGAACGCCGAUGGUAAGCUUAUGGUCUCGUUGUUGAAGACCAACACGAUCAAGAAGAAGUUGAAUUUGGAGGAAUACAAGAAGCGACUACGGAACAAGAGCAUAGGAAACAGUGGAUCGUCGUCGCCCGCUCCCGAGGAGGACGAGAACGCGCGUCGUCUCCGCCAUCAGGAGAUGCUUAUGAAGAUGGCACAGGAUUUAAUAACGGCGCAACAGAACAACAAGGAUGGAGGCAAUGAGGUCAAGAAGACGUGCGACGUCAAUGAGAUUAAGGAGGUAGAGGUGAAGCCGCCGAAGAACAUGGUUAUGAAGACGUUAGUUAGUGUCGGAACGAACACGGAGGAGUCUUGGGGUCACUUGGAGCAGAUCCUGCUGAACACCCAAGUCCAGAUAUCCCCGAACUCCCUGAUCAGUUCCAUAGUUGAACAUUUGCCAAAAGUGAAACCUGUGAUAACGAAGCAAGUAGAACACGGUGAGGACAAAACGAUAGUUUAUUUAGAUAAAAACGGGCCGCGACCCAAGUUGUGCAACGCCCACGUGCAGACCAUCCACAGCAGUAGCAAUUGCGCGAAGCGCAGGAGGAGAUCUAGUUCGUCGAGCAGCAGCGGAAGCUCACGAAGCUCCUCGCGGUCCUCAUCAUCCUCCUCCUCCAGCAGAUAUUCCAGCCGCGGUAGAAGUAGAAGCAGGAGCAGUAGUCGCAGCCGAAGCAGCACACCGUCCCCAGUCCGCAGGAGACAGCAAGAACAGAUGCUCGAAGUGGAGGAAAGGAGGGUUAUUUACGUGGGAAGAAUCGCAGACAGCGUGACACGUGAUGAUCUGAAGAGGCGGUUCCAGCGAUUCGGGCCCGUGACGAACGUCAGCGUUCAUUUCCGAAGGAACGCCGACAACUACGGUUUUGUCACGUACCAGCACAAAGAGGACGCUUACGAGGCUUUGGAGAGAGGCAACGAGGAUAGCAACCUGCCGCAUUACGACCUCAGCUUCGGCGGACGUCGUCUCUUCUGCCAGACCACCUACGCCGACCUCGACAACGUCAAGGACGACCAAGGAUACUGGUCCCCUAUCACCGGCACGAUAAUCGCCCAAACGCCGGACGACUCCUUCGACACGCUCCUUAGGAAAGCUCAAGCGAAACUUAGGCACCGUCAGCUUUGACGUACGCUUAUUUUUUUUUUAGCUUCAAUUCGUAAAUCUUAUUAUCAUUAUCCAUAUGUUUACAUCAUGACAUGCACUAAGAAUACUAAUAUCGUGGAACUUACCAUUAAGACCCACUCGCGGGCUGUGUUGCUGUAUUCUUCAUUCAUCGUUUUCUUUUGUAUUUACCAUUAUUGUUCGCUGAUUUCGAGCCGUUUCCCUUACAUUGAAACACUCGACUUAAUCAUAUAUUAUUAUAUACUAUUACAAUUACUAUUAAUGAAGCAAAAGUUAUUAACCACGACGGAAAUUCGGUGUAGUAGGUAGAAAGAGUCAUGGUGUUUUUACGAAAGUGUUUCUUUUUUUUUUUGCGAGAAAUUCAAUGCAUGAAGAUGUGAAAUAUAUAUAUAUAUAAUUAUAUUAAAAAAAAAAACAAAAUGAAAAGUAGCGUUGUACGCGCACUUUUAUCGAUUUUCUUUCUUCUUAAAUUUUAGUAACAUACAUAUUAUUAUUAUAUGUUCUUGGUUGUCAAUUUCCGAAAACUAUCGACAUACUUUUCGUUCAAUUUCGUUUUUGAAAUUAAACGUCUUUUUUUUGGUAUUUGCUGCAUGCGAGUUAUGAAAGCAAUGUUGUCGUGUCUUUUUUCUCAUCCACCUACAUAUAUAUAUAUAUAUAAUUACAUAUACAUACAAUUUAUUUUUUUUCUUACUAUUGGUUUUCAUGUCGUUCAAUCAAAUUAUUAUUAUUAUUAUACGCAACUGUCGUAAGAUUGUUACAUAGUCACACACACACACACUUUUUUUUUGUUCAUCCUUUAUAUAUUAAUUAUUUUUUUUUUGUACAUUUCGAUGAUGAUGUUUGCGCGGAAGUGAUGGUGCGGACGCACCUAUACAGACUGACGGUCUCCGGCCAUGCCCAUCCUCGAGCACAACACGCGCGUUCUUCCGGGCCGAGUAAAACAAGAGAAAAGUGAGAACCCGUAUUUUUUAUUUAUGAGUUUAUAUAGGUUUACCGAUGGAAACUUUAACACUGAUGAUGAUUAUGAAACCUGAUGUGUCCACACUAUACUAUAUAUAUAUAUAAGAAAGGUUUUAUUAAUUGAAUAUUUUUUAUAUAUAUUAUUUGUUAAAAAGUGUAGAAGAUAUAAAGAAGUUUGUGAAAAAUUUGAAUAAAAGCAAAUAUAUAUAAUUCAAUAUUGAAAUUGGACAUUUCGUAUGUACUUUUACACUACUUGUCAAGUGAAUUACCAAGUAACCAAUGUAGUUACAUGCAAUGUAUUUAUAUGUCCUUUGACUCGAACCUAA